AUAUUCGGUUCGCUGUGAGUGUGUCGACUGACACCCUGCGGUGGAUCUGUUAGCGGUUAGCAGUUAGCCACCUAGCCUCUCUCUCUCUGUGCGUUGUUUGGUUGCCGUUAGCAGCAAGAUGGCGGCUCCCAGCCCGGCUCACAGACCCUCUGCUCUUCGCAAUUAACAGCAGCUCUCAGCCCCCACGGUCCCGCCUCACACUGAUGCAUGGAGCGGCUGUGCAGCACAUUCACCCGCAGCCGUCUUUCUGUUUUCUUUUAGUUUCUGUUAGCUUGAGGAGCUACCGACUUUUGCACUAGUGUUCACCGGGCUAAAAUGGCGGACUGCCUGCUGCAGUCUCUGGGCUAGUUAACACAACACUGGUCCCUGUUAGAACCACAGACUGGAUCACCGGAGAGGGAUCCGCAGAACCCUAACCGGCUCUACAAGACUGAACCUGUCCGCAGGAACGUACCGUGAUUCCGUUAGAAAGAGCUAACUAACGUUACGUAGCUUCCGUUCAAAUCAGCCGGCUAGUUAGCAUCAGGAGCUAGUUAGCAGGCCAAUGCUAAUCCUGAGGCGCUGUUAGCGAGCCUGAGCGUUAAAUCUUUUCGACACAACUCUCGACUUAAUUUUUUUAUUUUUGUUGUACUCUCACUGAAGACCGGGAGACUCGGACCCUGACAGUAGCGUCAUGGCAUCCGAACCCGCGGUGCUGAACCCCCGCUGGAAGCGCAUCCUGGGCUGGACCGGGCCAGUACCGCGGCCCCGGCACGGACACCGAGCCGUGGCUAUCAAGGAGCUAAUGGUGGUGUUCGGCGGAGGGAACGAGGGGAUCGUGGAUGAGCUGCACGUCUACAACACAGCUACCAACCAGUGGUUCAUCCCCGCAGUGCGAGGCGACGUCCCCCCCGGCUGCGCAGCGUACGGCUUUGCGUGCGACGGGACGAGGCUGCUGGUGUUCGGAGGGAUGGUGGAGUACGGCAAAUACAGCAGCGACCUGUACGAGCUGCAGGCGAGUCGUUGGGAGUGGAAACGUCUGAAGGCCAAGGCUCCAAAGAACGGCCCGCCCCCCUGCCCCCGCCUCGGACACAGCUUCUCCCUGAUUGGCAGUUGCUGUUACCUGUUUGGAGGACUGGCCAAUGACAGUGAAGACCCCAAGAACAACAUCCCCAGGUAUCUGAACGACUUGUACAGUCUGGAGCUGCGGCCUGGCUCCAGCGUGGUCGGCUGGGAGAUCCCACAGACCUCGGGUCUGCCGCCGCCGCCCAGAGAGAGCCACACGGCCGUGGCGUCGAGCGGGCGCUCAGCCAACAGACUCAUCAUCUACGGAGGGAUGAGCGGCUGCCGGCUGGGAGACCUGUGGGUGCUCCACAUAGACUCCCUGACGUGGAGUAAACCGGACCUUAAUGGAUCUGCGCCCCUCCCCCGCAGCCUGCACUCUGCCACCACCAUCAACAACAAGAUGUAUGUGUUCGGAGGUUGGGUUCCUCUGGUGAUGGAUGAUGUCAAAGUGGCGACUCACGAGAAGGAGUGGAAGUGUACCAACACACUGGCCUGUCUCAACCUAGACACAAUGUGUUGGGAGACGGUCCUGAUGGACAGCGUGGAGGAGAACCUCCCCAGAGCCCGAGCAGGUCACUGCAGCGUGGCCAUCAACUCCAGACUCUACAUCUGGAGCGGCAGAGACGGCUACAGAAAGGCCUGGAACAACCAGGUGUGCUGCAAGGACCUGUGGUACCUGGAGACAGAGCGCCCCUGCGCUCCCUCUCGGGUGCAGCUGGUCCGGGCCAACACCGCGUCUCUGGAGGUGAGCUGGGGGCCGUCGCAGACCGCCGAGACCUACCUGCUGCAGCUGCAGAAGUACGACAUACCCGCCACGCCCGCCUCCAGCCCCGCCCCCAACCCUGUCCCCGCGGCCACACCCAAGAGCCCCGCCCCCGUCGCCACGGCACCGGCCAACCAAAGUGUCCCGCUGUCCGGCCUCACGCUGGUCCAGUCCCACGCUGCCUCCUUAGCCGCCGCUAAAGCACCAGCGGUCCUGAAGGUGGCAGCAGCUCCGGGGGCAACAGCAGGCGGAGCCUCCAUCGUCACAGUGAGACAGGCCGCGCCCAAACCCCAGGUCGCCCUGACGACACUUCCUGCCGGCGUUCGUAUGGUGGUACCCGCUCAGGCCGGUCAGGGGACGCCAAUAGGAAGCAGUCCUCAGAUGAGCGGCAUGGCGGCGCUGGCUGCGGCGGCGGCAGCGACUCAGAAGAUGCCCCCGUCCACGGCGACCAUGAUGAACGUCCCCGCGGGAGCAACCCUCGUAAAGACGAUGGCUGUGAGUAACCCGGCCACUCGGAUGCUGAAGACCGCUGCCGCUCAGGUGGGCGGGACCUCUGUGGUCUCCACCCCCGGGACCCCGGGCCGGCCAAUCAUCACGGUGCACAAGUCGGGCACGGUGACGGUGUCCCAGCAGGCUCAGGUGGUCACCACGAUGGUGGGCGGAGUCACAAAGACCAUCACGCUCGUCAACAGUCCGCUCGGCAUGGGCGGGGGCGGGACUCUGAUCGGUAACCUUGGUAACCUGGGGAAGAUGAUGACCGUGGUUCACACCAAACCAGUUCAGAGUGGAGCGCUCACUGUUCAGGCUGGGAGCAGCCCAGUUACCCAGAUCCUCCAGGCGAAGGGCGGCCUCCCAGCAGGAACCAUCUUGAAGUUGGUGACCUCAGCAGACGGCAAACAGACCGCCGUUCUCAGCACCGCGCAGGCCGGCGCCACAACCGCCAAACCCACCAUCCUGGGCGUCGCCCCGGCAACCUCCAAACCGGGGACCACCUACAUCAAGACCAUCCCAAUGUCGGCGCUGCAGGGGGGGGCAGGUGCCAACAGUCCGUUCACCAUCCUGACCACCAAGAUGAUGACGCCGGGCACCGCCGGGAAGAUCAUCUCCACGGUCCCCAAAAUCACUGCAGCCGAUGUGGUGCUGAAAGGCGCUCCGGGGAUGCCUGGUACGAUCCUCCGGACAGUCCCCAUGAGCGGCGUCCGGCUGGUGUCAUCGGGAGCCGUCGGCACCAAACCGGCCGUCACCACGCUGGUCGUCAAGGGAACCACAGGUAUGUCCAGUCUGGGGACAGGAACAGGAAGCGUCUCCACCAUCGCCGCGCUCGCCAACCAGGUUACCACAGCAACCGCUGCAGCCGGACCAAAACAGGUGACUCUGAUCACGACUCCGAGCGGUGCCGAGGCUCAGCCGCUGGUCCAGGAUCUGCCCGUCACCUUCAUGGCUUCUCCUACGUCAGAAGAACCUGGAAGUAGUACUACUGCUACUACUGCUACUACUACUGCUGCAGCAGCAGCAGCAGCAGUAGUAGUAGCAGUGGGAGAGGCUGGAGACACGGCGGCUGCUACAGUGACGCAGGUGUGCUCCAACCCGCCCUGCGAGACGCACGAGACGGGCACCACCAACACCUCCACCGUCGCCACAGCAACCAUGGGCGGCAACGGCAGGGUGUGCUCCAACCCGCCCUGCGAGACGCACGAGACCGGCACCACCAACACCUCCACGGUCGCCACAGCAACCAUGGGCGGCAACGACAGGGUGUGCUCCAACCCGCCCUGCGAGACGCACGAGACCGGCACCACCAACACCUCCACCGUCGCCACAGCAACCAUGGGCGGCAACGACAGGGUGUGCUCCAACCCGCCCUGCGAGACACACGAGACCGGCACCACCAACACCUCCACGGUGGCGUCCGCCAUGGGAGACGGUCCGCAGGGAGACGCUCCAGACUCGGCCUCCUCCUCCUCUGACCAGGCCUCCUCCACCACAGCCAGCCAGAGCAGAGCUGUCACCACGGUUACACAGUCCACGCCCACCCCUGGGCCCUCCAUACCUGCUAUCUCCUCAUUGGUCGGCGAUGACAAGGCGGAGUCCUCAGAGGCAGAGGCUGUUGCCACGGUGAUGGCGGCAGCCGCAGAGGAGGGGGAGGAGCCUAUGCAGACGGCAGUGUUACAGGUUCAUAUGGAGGACAGCGAAGCAGCGGCACAGAUGGACGGUCUUCCUCAGGAGCUGAUGUCAUCAGAGGGGGACGGAAGUGAGGCGGUCUCCGGGGCGACGACGACGACGACCCUGAUGGUGACGGGACUGACCGCGGAUCAGCUGGCUGUUAGCGCGGCAACGGAGGACGCCGUUCAGCAGGCGACGAUACAGGCGGUCCUGCAGGCAGCGGGGCACAUCGGAGGCGGAGCGGUGGACCAGUCCAUCCCCAUCGUUCUGACCCAAGCGGAGCUGGCCGCUCUGGUCCAGCAGCAGCUGCAGGACGUCCACAACCAGCCAGACGCCGCCGAGGCAGAACCACAGCCCAGCGGCGUGCCCACAGAAGGCCUUGCUCCAGCCGACAGCCUGAACGACCCGGCAGCAGAGAGCAACGGGCAUGAGUGUCGUCGGUGGUUGACGGUUAGCGGGCUGGCCGAAUGCGUUUGCCCCGCCCCUCGGCCGACCGGGCCGUUGACGUAGAUUCAAUCUGCCGCCGACGAGGCAACCAAUGGCGUCACGGGCAGGCGUGGGGGUGAGAGAGCGGUCCAGGUGACAUCAUCGGUGAAAGACAGUCAGUGGUACGACGUGGGCAUCGUCAAGGUUACCAACAUGGUGGUCACACAUUACUACGUCCCCUACGACGACAACAUGGCCGACGAUGACUCGGGCGUGAUGCCGGACUACACUCAGAUGAGGAAGGUGGAGCUGCAGCCGGGGACGGCCUACAAGUUUCGCGUCGCGGGGAUCAACAUCUGCGGCCGCGGCGCGUUCUCGGAGGUGUCGGCGUUUAAAACGUGUCUUCCUGGUUUCCCCGGAGCGCCGUGCGCCAUCAAGAUCAGCAAGAACCUGGACGGGGCUCAGCUCACCUGGGAGCCCCCUGCCGUCACGUCGGGGCAGAUCACGGAGUACUCGGUGUACCUGGCCAUCCAGUCCAGCCAGGCCGCCGCCUCCGGUUCUGGCCCGGCCCAGCUGGCCUUCAUGAGGGUGUACUGCGGCCCCAGCCCGUCCUGCCUGGUCCAGGCCUCCAGCCUCGCCAACGCCCACAUCGACUACACCACCAAGCCCGCCAUCAUCUUCCGCAUCGCCGCCCGCAACCAGAAGGGCUACGGGCCGGCCACGCAGGUCCGGUGGCUCCAAGAAAGCAGUAAAGAUGCCAAAGCAGCAGUGAAGAGACCCGGAACUUCUCCUGAUGCUAAACCUGUCGGACCAAAGAAGUUCAAAACCGACCAAUAGGAGGAGCCGACCUUCUGCUGAGGACUGUGAUUGGUUACAGUUGUCUUAAGCUCCGCCUUGCAGCUGGUUGCCGCAUCUACGGGGAGGAGGAGGAGGAAGAGGAGGAGGAGGAGGAGGCAGGGCUCUGACAAAUUAAAAAAAGACUUGUAGGAUAUUUGUACAUUAUCAGCCAAUCAGAACUCUUUUCUUCCUCGUCAUGGAGACGGCGAGGGGUGGAGCCAACAGCUUUUCAUCUUCUAGUGGAACCAAUAAGGUUUGAGUUUAAUAAAUGUAGAAGUAGCCCUCUGGCUUCAUGAUAAAGGUCAAAGGUCACGGUGCUGUCGGGGAGGGGGGCGGAGUUUAAACCAGCUCUGCUGUAAAUUAUUUUCCUUUUCUGUAGCAUCAAAAUAUUUAGGUUUUUUCCUCUUUUUUUUGUAAACGUCUGUUAGAAAAAAAAAAAAAAAAAAAAAACAGUUCUCUCCUUUUUCUGUGAUUUCUUCUUUUCUGUUGAAGUGCUUGUUGUUGGCCGCAGUGACGGAGCUCUCCCAUUGGUCAGUUUGUCUCAUCGGGGGAAGUUAAUAACUUUUUCCAGGUUUUUGAAAAUCAAACCUGUUUGUGAAUAUUCUCCGGAACAAUAAAGAUUUUUAGAGCAUUUUUUUUUUA